AUGGCGGAGGCGUUCGGGGGCGGCGACGACGGCCUGGUGCUCAUUCAGAUGGUCAACUUCUACCCACCGUGCCCGCAGCCAGAGCUCGCGCUCGGCUUCGCGCCGCACACUGACCUGUGCGCGCUCACGGUCCUCGUGGCCAACGGCGUGCCGGGACUCCAGGUGUCCAUGGACGGCCUCUGGUACGACGUCGAGCACGUGCCAGGAGCCCUCAUCGUCAACGUCGGCGACCAGAUCGAGAUUUUUAGUAACGGGAGGUACAGGUCGGUGCUGCACCGGGCGACGGUGAGCAGGGAGAAGACGCGGAUGUCGUGGCCGGUGUUCGUGGAGCCGCGGAGAGAGUACCUCGUCGCGCCCCACCCGCGCCUCGUCGCCGGCGAGAUCCCUGCCAAGUACGACUACAAGGCCAAGACGUUCGAGAACUACAGAUACUGCAGGAUCAACAAGCUACCGCAGUAG